AUGUUACUCGCUGCUGAUGUUGAGUUUAGCAGACGAUACAGUUUAGCCGUCUUUAAAAAAAGAAGACAAAAGGAGGCUCGAAAACGGCUCCGGAAAUAUAUCCGUGGCGUCUUAAGAAGAGAACGUGAAAUGAACAUCAUUCUCCAGAGGUUUAGGCAAAAGGAGUUCCAACUGAUGAAGACUCUUUUGCAGGAUAGAGCUAACGUGUUAAAAGAUUUGCUGAAGAUUGAUGACAACUUUGAGGGGCCAGCUGAGCAAGUUAAGAGAAGUCUUGAGAGAUUUGAUGAGAAUGGAAUGUCGAUGUUAGUAGACUAUUAUGACGCUCAAAACCUCGACAGACAGCAAAUUUUACACGAAUAUCGUCUUAUGAGCCAACUGAGUUCACAGGCUAGACCUGACGACCAAAGUGAGGCAUAUAAAUUUCUUAUAGAAGCCUUCGGCCUCAGAAAGCUUAACAUCGCCAAGUUUGCGGCUAGCGCCACCAUCGCUCUUCGCUUCGUGCUCGACACAGGGGAAGAAGAAAACAAGGAGGGAGCCACUAAGCAAGAGGAUGGACAGAAGGAAAGCACCAAUGUGACUCUCCAUAAGUCAUUCGCAAUACUGGCGUUAGGUGUUGCAGUGGUUCGAGGUGUCAUCUGCUUCACAGACCUCCUUAACUUACUAUACCGAGCAGCAAGAGUCUCUUUCAUUGACUACAAAUUGAAUUCGUUGGUGGCCACCUAUUUCCGCCUAGAAACAGUUCCCCCGAAAUUGUGUACUGAGUUGAUCAUCAAAGCAGUAAUGCUGUGUAAUUCAGAAGGUGUCAGCAAAUCAAGAAUUGAAAAGCUCCUUGCGAGCGGCGAAGAGGAACAAGAGAAUGACGUGGCUGCCCAAGGUUCACAAACUGGGGGCGUCAAAAGUGGAAAUGAUAUUGUGCAAGACGUGGCUGCCAUCUUCGCCCACGGGUUUUUAUAG